ACGAUCCUAAACCUCGAUCCCUAUAGAUUAGCAUCCAGCUCAUUCCAUCCACUACCUAGAACCCCUCUAAAGCAGCACGCUCCUAGCUAACUGAUCACACACAGUCACACUCACGUUGCCCAAUUGGCACUGCCAUUUGCCAUCAUGGGGUGCACCACCUCAAGGCAAGCCCGGCAUGACCUCCGGCACUGCCCUUCUCCGCUCCCUCUACCGCGCUGCCAGUCGUUCCCCGCCCGCUUCGACGCCGGCGUCCACCUCGUGCGGCUCACGUCGUCGACGCUUGGGUCCCUCGAGAUCGACAAGGCCGCCGGGCUGCGUGCGCUGGAGGCCGCGGCCACAGCGCGCGCGCCCAGGAGGCUGGUCCCGCGCACGCCCACCAUGACGCCGCCGAAUGAGCCCGAGGACAUCGACGCAUGGGCGCUUAUGGCCGGCCUCGAGGAGCAGUCGCCACUUCUGGCCGCGCCGUUCGGGCGCCACUCCUUCUCGUUCCCGAUCGCGGCGCCGCAGGAGUUCGCCGCGUCGUCCAAGGUUACGCCGCUUCCCAUGAGGAUGCCUUCCGUGAACGGCGAGGUGAAGGCGAGCAAGCCCAUGACGCCGCCGCGCAAGAAGAAGGCCGUGCUCUACUUCACGUCGCUGCGCGGCGUGCGCGCCACGCACGAGGACUGCUGCCUGGCGCGCGCCAUCCUCAAGGGAUACAGCGUGCGCGUCGACGAGCGGGACGUGUCCAUGCACCGCGAAUUCCGCGACGAGCUCCACGGCCUCCUCGGCGUCAGGGGCGGCACCCGCGCCAAGUGCUGGGCGCCGGCCGCGCCGAUCCUCCCGAGCCUGUUCGUGGACGGGGAGUUCGUGGGCAAUGCGGAAGUGCUGAAGCGGCUGCACGAGAACGGGGAGCUGGCGGCGAGGCUGGCCGAAUGCGAGAGCGCGGCGCCAAGCGAGUCCGGCGCGUGCGAGGCUUGCGGCGACGCCCGGUUCGUGCUCUGCGAAGAGUGCUCUGGAAGCUGCAAGGUGUACGUGGACGACGAGGACGAGGUCUACGACGACGAAGAAGAAGGGACGGACGACGGCGGCUCGGGGUUCCGGCGAUGCACGGAGUGCAACGAGAACGGCAUCGUGAGAUGCCCCGUCUGCUGCUGCUCCUGAGAUGUUUCAGAACUUUUUUUCGUGCUCGGCGCGCCAUUUGGAUGUGGUGCUCAGCCUUGCGAUUUUGUGAAUGCAUGAAGCUGUGUGUUUUUCGCCUGAUCGGCGGUGCAUGAUGCUCUUUUUCUUUUCUUCAUGCAUGUAUGUCUGUGGGUCGAUGAGAUGCCAACACUGCAUGCUUGAUUCAUGUGGUGUUCCUCUGUUCCUGAUACCUGAUUUGUCUUCUGAAAUGAACCAAAUGUGUUGCAGAGCA